AUGAUAUUUGAGAUAGGUGAAAUAUUUACAGUCUAAGAAUCAUUGAAAGACGAGAAAAUAGCAAAAAAUUUAGAUUUAGAUGUUGGUUCUUUGAAUGAUUUUCUUGAUUUGAGAUCCACUGAUCCAAAUCCUCGUUUACCUAAUAGGAGAUUGGAUCGUAAAGCAUAAAAGAGAUAAGAUCAAAUUCCUAAGAAAUUUGAAUAAGCAAAGGAGGAGAAGGAAACAGUCAAAGCCUCAGAAAUAAUCUCCAACAUUAUUAAAGAUGUAUUUAAGAUGGACAUAAAUGAAUUUGAGCAAAUGAAUUCACCUGAAAAACUGAAUAAAGAAUAUAAAUUUUAAGAAAUUGAUCCAGAAAAAAGGAAAUAUUUAAGAAUGAAAAUACCUCUCAAUAAAAGGUAGGAAUAAUUCGAGUAGGAGUUAUUAAAUGUGAAAUCUGACUUAAAAUUAAAAAUAUAAGAGAUUCGUAUGCCUUAAUUAAAAAAUGCUGGUAAUAAUUCUUAAAAGGAUGACAAUACCUUCAGUAGACCUAAUUCUUAGAAGAUUAAAUAGAAUUCAAGUUCAAAUAAAUUGUUUUUUAAUUCAAGUAAUGAAGUAGAUGCAAUUGAUUCUCACAUUUGGUUAUAAAGUAGAUUGGAAAGAAUAUUAAAAUUGAAUUCACACAAUCUAGACACAUAGAAGGCAUGGAAAGAAUAUUGGAGCAACGUAAAUUGUACUGAUUUUAAAACAUUCUAAGAAUAUCAACAAUAACAUAAGAAACCACAUCUUGCAUCAGACUUAGUCACUAUCAAUUAUGGUGGAGAGAAAUCUGCUAAAUAUUAAAAGAAUGAUAAUGAGAUUUCUGUAAAUAUCAAGAAUUCAUCAUCACUCACAAUAAAGAAUAAGUAGAUUACUAGUGAACAUAUUAUUUAUUUAUCAAUGAUUUAACCUCCUUUGAUAAGUCUAUUAAGAGUAGAAUUGAUAAAAACUUAAUUAAAUGAAACUGCAUUCAAAUUAUUAACUACUUUAUUGAGUGAAUGUAAAAGAUUAGAAUAUAUAAAUAUAUCCAGUAAUACAUAUCCUAGAAAUCAAUCGAUUAAAAUAUUAUUACUAGAUUUGUAGAAUCUCAAAAUCUUGAAAAUGUCAGACAUGAUGAUAUCAACCAAGUAUUUCUUAGAUCUCUGUGAAGUUUUGGUCUAAACUAAUAUUUAAGAGAUCGAUCUGAGUAACAAUCUAUUAGAUCAUCACGCUUAUGAUGCAUUAAUUACUUUAAUUAAAUAUUUACCAUCAUUAACAUAAAUGGAUUUCCAAUACAAUGAUAUUUUAUAGAGUGCAAAUUUGCCACUUUAGAAGAAAUAAUAAUCAUGGGAGUACUUAGAAAAAGUGAAAUUGAGUUAUUAAAGGAGAGUCAAUAUUGUAUUAUGA